AUGGGUAUAAGAGGGUGUGAGGGGUCCUGGAACAACCAGAGUCUCUUUUCUGUCCCUGUGGAUUUGGAUGUAAGGCUGAGAAGACUAGACCUGUCCAAUAACUUCAUCAGACAGUUGCACACACUUGCUCUGCCAUACUUGGAACAGCUGGACCUGAGCUCCAACCAGCUGGAUCUCAUCUUCGAAGGGGCUUUUGAAAACCUGGCUCGACUUGAAGAGUUGAAUUUGUCCAGAAAUGCGCUGAACAACAACUUUGGCAGUAACACUAAAGCCUUCCGAUCCAUCAGCAGACUGAGGAGUUUGGACAUUUCAAUGAACGGGUUGAGUGAUGAUGCAGUGAAGCUGUACCUUCGAAACAAACCUUCUCUUGAUCAACUUAAGCUGACGGGAAAUGCUUUAACAAGACUUUCACACAACUUGUUCAAGGAGAGUAAAGGUUUGAGGUCCAUUACUAUUGAUGACAAUCAGAUAUCAGUGAUAGAAAAGGGGACUUUUGAACCACUGUACCAAUUGGAGAUGCUAAACCUGGCCAGAAAUAACCUAGCGAAUAUCUGUGAUUUUAAACUUCAUCAGCUGAAAUAUUUGAAUCUGAGUAGAAAUUCUGUUGAGUUCUUUGUUACACUUGAGGACAACCAUUUGUACAGGCUGGAAAUUCUUGAUCUGAGUCACAACAAACUUAUAUAUUUCCCAAUUGUUCCAAAAAUGAACAGUUUAAAGUAUCUUUACCUACAGAAUAACAUGGUAGGUGCCUUAAAUUCAGAGGCAACGAUGGUGUCUGAGGUCAAUGCUCUUUAUAGAGAGAUUAUGAGAGAGAGAACAGUCACAAAGAACAACCUACACUCAAACUGGAGGCUGAUGCCCCUAAUUUAUAUUGACCUGAGCUACAACCACUUCAGGUCUUUCCCACUCGAGACUUUAAGCCUUUUGUCAUCUUUACAAACUUUAAAUUUCAGCAACAACUGUCUGCAAACAAUUGUCUGGAAUAUUAGAAAUCACAGUGAAUCAGGAUACCAUCGACAACUUGUCUUCCCCUCCUUAAAGUAUCUUGACCUGCAGAGCAACGGACUUGUAUCUGUCUCCCCGUUUUUUCUCAAAGCGCUCACACAAAUAGAGACGUUAAAUCUGCAAGACAACUCUGUGCAACCUUGUUCCACUUUAGAGGAUUUGGAAAUCUCUCAAACAAUACAGCAAAUACAUCUCAACACUUCCUGUGUUCACUUUGGGCAAUUAAGGACCCUUAAACACCUGAAUCUUAGGGAGAACAAUGUAACAGUUCUUCGACAAAACACAUUUAAAGAAACCUCUUUAAUUUCUCUGAACCUUGCAAGAAAUCCCCACAUGGUGAUGCAAGCUGGUGCAUUGGAAGAUGUGCAAAAAACUCUUGAGUCUUUGAUUAUAAGUGACACAAACAUUACCAGCUCUGAUCUAUUUAUACCUUUCAUGCCAGCGUUAACUCAUUUGAAAAUUUCUAACAACCACCUCGAUUUGAUUCCCAACAGUUUGAGCUACUCUCCUCUAAGAGAGCUUGACAUAAGAAAUAAUAAUUUCAAGUCUUUAAACCAUUCUUUGAUUAUUGCUUUAUCUCUAAGCCUGAAACGCAUGUAUAUAAGUAAUAAUAAUUUUAACUGCUGUGAUAGCAAAUGGCUAUCACGGCUUCACGAGUUAAAGAUUAACCUACCUGAUAUUAACGACACCGUGUGCUUCACAAGUGACGGAUAUGUAGGGAUGACAGAGUAUCUAAAAAACCCUGCAGUGCCUUGUUUGUUUCAUACAAAAGCACAGGAAAUUCACAUAGGACAGAUAAUAGUAGUUUUUUUAUUUGUAACUGUAUUAAUUACAGUGUUAAUUGUGUUCACAAGGAAGUUGUGUUGUUCACAGGAGUCAUUUUUAGUGUAAUAUCUCAAAUCUAAAGUCAUAGUUUUUUGUAUUGAUACUUUUGUACAUGUAGAUUGGUUAAAUAAAGUAAGAAAAACAAAUACAUUAUGCAAGCAAACUGCAGGAAAUUAACUAUAAUUCUUGUGAGUUUCAUUAAGCAUUUUCAUAUAAACAGAAGUCAGGAUUAAUGGCUGCUUAAGAUGUUAGAAAUAACAGAAUGUAAUGUGGUGCAGUAAAAGCUCUGUCAUUUGGCACAUGAUUCUGUUCUGAUUUU